AUGCUGAGAAACACUUCGCGUCUCGCUCGUGCAUCGCCUGUGGCCUGCAGCGCCCCUUCCCUCCGGACCUCUGCUGGUUCGGCACGUCGCCUCUACACCACUGAUAACUCGACGCACGGCGUGAAGACGCUGGGCGUGGUGGGCGCCGGUCAGAUGGGCGGUGGCAUCGCGCAGGUUGCGUCGCAGGUGGCCGGCGUGCGCGUCGUGCUGGUCGACUCGCAGCAGGCCCAGCUCGAGCGUGCCCUCCAGACCAUGGAUCACUUCCUGGCGAAGAACAUCGCCAAGGGCAAGAUCACGGAGCAGGCGGCUCAGGAGACCAAGUCGCGCAUUGCCAUCUCCACCGAUGUCGCCAAGCUCCAGGAGGCCGACUUCAUCGUCGAGGCCGCCUCCGAGAACGUGCUCAUCAAGGAGAAGAUCUUCAAGGAGCUGGCUCGCGUGGCCAAGCCCGAGGCGAUCCUGGCCUCCAACACCUCGUCCAUCUCGAUCACCAAGAUCGGCGCCUUCACGCCCAGGCCCGAGAAGGUGGUGGGCAUGCACUUCAUGAACCCCGUCCCGAUCAUGCAGCUGGUGGAGAUCAUCCCCGGUCUCGCCACCUCCGAGCACACCCUCUCGACCACCCUCGCCCUGGCCAAGGCCAUGGGCAAGACUACCGCCCAGUCUGACGACAGGCCCGGCUUUAUCGCCAACAGGCUCCUGUGCCCGUACCUGAACGAAGCUAUCAACGCCCUCCAGGACGGUCUGGGCUCGCGUGAGGAUAUCGACACCACGCUGAAGCUCGGAUGCAACAUGCCCAUGGGUCCGCUCACCCUGGCCGACUUCAUCGGUCUCGACACCGUCCUGGCCAUCAUGCGCGUGCUGCACUCGGAGCUCGGCGAGGACAAGUUCCGUCCCUCUCCUCUCCUCAUCAAGUACGUCGAUGCCGGCUGGCUCGGCGUCAAAUCUGGCAAGGGCUUCUACGACUACGCCAAGAAGCAGAAAUGA